AGGCAUCAAAGAACACACACAGGGGAGAAACCUUUUAAAUGCUCAGAGAGUGGAAAGAGAUUCAAUUGCAAUGGCCAUCUUGAACAGCAUCAAAGAAUCCACACAGGUGAGAAACCUUUUGAAUGCUCAGAGUGCGGAAAGAGAUUCAGUUUAAGUGGCCAUCUUCAAACACAUCUCAGAACCCAUAUAAAGGAGCAACCUUUUGAAUGCUCAGAGUGUGGAAAGAGAUUCAGUCAUAUUAGCCAUCUUCAUAUACAUCAAAGAACUCACACAGGGGAGAAACCUUUUGAAUGCUCAGAGUGUGGAAAGAGAUUCAGUCAGAGUAGCAGUCUUCAAAUACAUCAAAGAACCCACAAAGGGGAGAAAACUUUUGAAUGCUCAGAGUGUGGAAAGAGAUUCAGUUUAAGAGGCUAUCUUCAAAAACAUCUCAGAACCCACACAAGGGAGAAACCUUUUGAAUGCUCAGAGUGUGGAAAGAGAUUCAGUCAGAUUAGCAAUCUUCAUAUACAUCAAAGAACUCACACAGGGGAGAAACCUUUUGAAUGCUCGGAGUGUGGAAAGCAAUUCUGUCAGAGUGGCAGUCUUCAAAAGCACGUAAGAACCCACACAGGGGAGAAACCUUUUGAAUGCUCAGAGUGUGGAAAGAGAUAUAGUCAGAGUAGCAGUCUUCAUAAACAUGAAAGAACUCACACAGGGGAGAAACCUUUUGAAUGCUCAGAGUGUGGAAAGAGAUUCAGUCACAGUGCCAAUCUUGUAGAGCAUCAAAGAACCCACACAGGGGAGAAACCUUUUGAAUGCUCAGAGUGUGGAAAGAGGUUCCGUCGCAGUGGCGAUCUUCAAAAGCAUCAUAAAACGCAUACAGGGGAGAAACCUUUUGAAUGUUCAGAGUGUGGAAAGAGAUUCAGUUUCAGUGGCAAUCUUCAAACACAUCUCAGAACCCACACAGGGGAGAAACCUUUUGUAUGCUCCGAGUGUGGAAAGAGAUUCAAUCAGAGUAGCAGUCUUCAUAAACAUCAAAGUACUCACACAGGGGAGAAACCUUUUGAAUGCUCAGAGUGUGGAAAGAGAUUCAGUCGCAGAUGCAUUCUUCAACAGCAUCAGAGAACUCACAUAGGGGACAAACCUUUUGAAUGCUCAGAGUGUGAAAAGAGAUUCCGUCACAAUGGCCAUUUUCAAAGGCAUCUAAGAACACACACAGAGGGAAGAAUCCUAUUGAAUGCUCAGAGUGUGGAAAGAGAUUCAGUUUAA